AAUGCCCUGUCUAGUGUGAUCAUGUCUUUCUCCUUUCUCACCUUCCUCUUGACCCCUAGUCUAUGCCUUCCCAGGCUCAGUAUUGUUUUGUUAGCUGCUCAAAGCUGACAGAAGAACAAGUCAACUUCUCGACUCCUCCCCCACCCAUCUGAAGCUAUAAAUUCCCCUGCAGCUCUUCCAUGAUAAAGAGGCAACAGCAUCGCAUGGAGAAAGCUUAAGGAACCCAGGCAUCCAGUCUCUCACCCCACCUCCUAGCUCACGGCUCUUCCAAGAACACAUACUUAGGAGACCCCAGCUCCUGGAAGCGUCAGCCUUUACCUCUUCACCUGGAACUCUCCUUUCUUGAGAAUACUGCUCUUUGCCUUCUAGGGCUUGGCCGCAUCUGGGAUCCACGCAUCUUGCUUUCUGGACACCAAGAAGCAGAUCGAGAUGCAGACAGGAAGCCCUCCCUUGAAGUAUUGGCUACUAUUACAUCUCCUGCUUUUAGGACAUGGUAUAACUUCCAGUGAUAAUAGCAUAACUCCCAAUGCUGGAUCCAGUGCUACCCCCAGUGGAAACAGCGAAACCACCACCACUGCAUCCAGUGCUACCCCCAGUGGAAACAGCGAAACCACCACCACUGGAUCCAGUGCUACCCCCAGUGGAAACAGCGAAACCACCACCACUGCAUCCAGUGCUACCCCCAGUGGAAACAGCGAAACCACCACCACUGCAUCCAGUGCUACCCCCAGUGGAAACAGCGAAACCACCACCACUGCAUCCAGUGCUACCCCCAGUGGCAACAGUAGAACCACCACCGCUGCAUCCAGUGUUACCCACAGUGGAAACAGCGGAACCCCCACCACUGCAUCCAGUGCUACCCCCAGUGGCAACAGCAGAACCACCACCACUGGAUACAGUGCUACCCCCAGUGGCAACAGCAGAACCACCACCACUGCAUCCAGUGCUACCCCCAGUGGCAACAGCACAGCCCCCACCACUGGAUCCAGUGCUACCUCCAGUGGCAACAGCAGAACCACCACCACUGCAUCCAGUGCUACCCCCAGUGGCAACAGCAGAACCCCCACCACUGGAUCCAAUGCUACCCCCAGUGGCAACAGCAGAGCCCCUUCACCUUCUCCACCUGGGAUGCACACAACUUCCAAUGUGCUUAGCAUAAGUGCUACAACCUCAACGAGCAGCGUGAGGCCCAAAGGGUCCCUGAAGCCAUGGGAAAUCUUCCUCAUCACGCUGGGCUCGGCUGCAGUGGCUGUGGGGCUCUUCGCUGGGCUCUUCCUCUGUGUGAGAAACUCCCUGUGCCUGAGAGAUGCCUUUGACGCAGCUGUCUACCAUCCCCACGACCUCCACGUGGGCCCGGGCCCCGGAGGGCGGGAGGGCUCCCACUGCAGGCCGAGGUGGAGGAGACGGGGGUCCUCCGCAGUCCUGGAGAUGAGAGGGCCGCACCCAGGGCCCUGAGCAGCUGGCCAGGGCCACACCUUCCUGGAGGAAGCUGGCCUGGGGGGCGGGAGACCCGAGUGCCUUGUUCAUCCCCAGGAGUCCCCUCCCAGCCCUGUUGGGACCUGCGACAGCCUCGGGGAAGACACUUCCUCCCUCUCGGCUGCUUGUACCAGACGUUGGAGAGAGGAGCCACUCUUCCUUGGUCAUUUAGCUAAGAAAUAAACACACCGGAAGGAG